AUGGCACGACACACAUUCACGCGAGAGCAGAUAGACCGCUAUUUCGACCGAAUAUGCCUGGCCCCAAGCCAACGGAUAUACAACGUGGUCGAGCUGGCAGACUCGGACAAAGUGACGUUCCUCAACCUGCUUCAGAAACACCAGCUGUGUAAGAUGCCGUGGGAGAACCUGUCGAUGCACUAUUCGUGGCACCGGGUCAUCAACGUGCGGCCGGCGUACCUAUUCAAGAAGAUGGUGUACAGCGCCGGCGUGGGCGGCUACUGCAUGGAGGCGAACUACUUGUUUCAUCUGAUCCUGCAUAGUCUGGGCUUCGACGUCUUUAUGGCCGGCAGCCGCAUCUUCCGCACGAACACCAACUCCUACGGCGGCUGGACGCACGUCGUCAAUCUCGUCACCAUUGCCGGCGUCAAGUAUUUGCUGGACGGGGGCAUGGGUCCCAACGGGCCGAAUUACCCGAUGCCCUUGCACGACGGGAAGGUCGUGACCCAGAUUGCGCCAGCCCAGAUGCGCCUUGACUAUGAAGGCAUAGCGCAGAAUCUCGACAAGUCGCAGAAGGUGUGGGUGUACAAGCACCGCUACGACGAGACCGCCGAGAUGGUGCCUGUGUAUUGCUUUCCCGACUUUGAGUUCCUGCCAGCCGACAUUGAGUCCAUGAAUUUCGAGCCUAUGCUCAACCCUAAAGCCGUGUUCGCGCGCAAGGUCAUGGCCGUCCGAUUCACGACGGACCGCGAAACAGACGACAGCAGUGACGGGCCAGGGUCGCCCAGCCAGGAGGCGCUGGAAGGCGAGAUCGACGGCUCGCUGUCGCUCAACCACGACGUUCUCAAGUGGCGCCGCCACGGCAAGAAAUUCCUCGAACUCACAUUGGACACCGAGGCUGCCAGACUGCGCGCUCUCAAGAGAUAUUUUGGCAUUACGCUGCAGGACGAAGACGUCGAGGCCAUCCAUGGCACGAGAGCUCAGGUUGGACCAGACACGGAGCUCAGUGGGCCUCCUUGA